UUAAAAGUCUAGAUAAAAACCAAGUCAAAAAAUGCCUGUAGCAAAUUUUAAUACUUUUCUCAAGUACUUCGAGGAGUACAAAAAUUGGGUUACAUCAAAUCCUCAACUUGUUGGAGAUAUUGAGAGCACAGUCAAGUGGUUGUCAUAUUUUACAGCUGGAAGAAUAAAUAAUUCAACAUUGAUGUCUGAGCUUGUUUACUCGAUGUCCAAUUUGUUAGUACUAUUCAAUGAUAGACUCAUAAAUGCAAAGACACAGAUUGAAACAGAAUUAUCAGAGAGUCAUUCAAAAAUAAGAAUCUGGUUGACUGUCCUGGAAUACUCUGAAGUACUGUUGGAAAUCUCAGCUACUAAACUUUGGGGAGAAACUGGCAAAUGGCUAAUUAUCGUCCUUCUACAAGCCUUCAAAACAUUGAUGAGACUUGUGUUGGUUUAUUUCUAUAAAGAAAGAGUCACGCAAAAUCCACCAAUCCCCCCAUUGAAACGUGAAAAAAUACCUGAAAAUAUUGAUUCCAUAGAAAAGGAAGGUUUUUCAUUGAAAAGAUCCAGAAAAGUGAUUCGUAAAGUACACUCAGGUGGAUAUUCUCAUUUUAGAACAUGGGCACCCUUGCCUCCACUCGGAACUAAAGAACGAGAAAUUUCCACGAAUCUUUCUCCAAGAAGAAAGAUGAUUCUUGCAGAGACCUUGUAUAUAUUAAAACCAUUAUUGCAUCUCGGAUGCAUGUCAAUAAGUGGAAGAAAUCAUUGGAAGCCAUGGUUCAUAUCUCUGAUUCUUGAUCUUACAAGUCUCAAUAUGUACAAUAGUGAAACAAAAGCUGUCCCAGUGCAAAAAGAAGAAUUUGAAGAAAUCUCUCGGAGACAAGUGGCUCUGUUGUUAUAUAUUCUUCGUUCACCAUUUUACGAUAAUUAUAGCCGUGUCAAGAUUUAUGCACUGCUCGAGUUACUCUCAAAAAAUCUACCGCUAGCUAGAAUGGUCACAGAACCCAUUUUAAAAUAUCUACCUCACUGGCAAAGCACUUACUUUUACAUGUGGUCGACUUGAAUUACAUAAUUUCUGGGAAAAUAGUUUCGAUUAUUGAAUUGACUAUUAUAGCCCUGAUUCCGGCCAGGUGAAUUGGUAAAAAAAUUCUGAUUACUGCCAUUUAAAAUAUGAAUGAUAGACAAAGUUGUUUGGGGGCCAGUUUUCUUGUGGAUGUGGGUACUUUUUAAGGUUGAUAGAUUUUGUAAGCUUCAUAGGUUUAUUACUAUAUUAUGAUAUCAUGGUUGAGGAUAAAAUGAAACUUGUAAGUUCAAAGGGAGAUGUAAAUAACUGAUUGAAUAUUUAUCUAAGCUGUUACAGCAGCAAGAAUGACAUUCCAGGUCGGGAAUUUUACACAUAACAUGAAUUUUCAUGUUCUCUGAAAAACUAUAGUGCAAAUCAUUGAUUUCAACAGUGUCAAUUGUGUCAGGAACCAAAUUGUUGCGGAGUUAUCAAAUUCCCUGUAAGCUGAUUAACUGAUUCAUUAUUAUUUACAAAUACUAAUAUUCAUGUGUACGUAUAGCUGGUAGUAACAAAGUUUUGGUAAGUUCCGUAAAAAAAUGAGUGGUUGCAUAUAAAUCCUCAUGAAUUGAAUUAAUUAGUGUAAAAUAAAAACCGCCUGUUGAAAAACAGAGGCAAGAGUGACGUUAAUUUAACGGUUAUAAUAAUUUAUAAAUAUAAUAUAAUAUAUUACAUUCAAAAUGGAAUACAGAUAUGGCAAUCACUUAGAUAUGGUAA